GGUCAAUACCUCCUAGUGAUAGUCCUUUCGUCUUGUCUGUAUUUCUAUUGUUCUGAGAACUACUAGCAUGGCGAGUGAGUAUUUUGACAAUGAUGUGUUUCAGUGGUAUUUCUUGUCAAUGGGAGGCUAUUAAAACUUCAGACUGCAUUAACUGUAACUGUAAAAAAGAUAUAUAUCUUUAGUGGUGCCAUUAAAUCUUAGAUCCGUCUGUGCUAUGUUUGUUUGGGUCGGCCGACAAACAGUCGAGUCGGUUAGACUUUGUUCACUGCCACUAAGUACUGAACUUGAAAUCUAGCCCCUCCAUGCUAAAAAAAUAAAUGAGAUUUCACCUAUACACGGAGUAGUCUUUAAAAAAAAAAACUUUACUUAAUGAAUUUAAAGUUCUCAGAUGAAUAAACGCUGUUUAUUGUUCAUAAGCACUGCCAAGGCGCCCAAGCCCAAGCCAAGGUGAUCGGGUUCAAUAAUGAGAAUACCAUCGCCGUUUAACAACAUUACAAGCCCUCAACCCCUGGGGCUGGGGCUAAGCAGCCCCCAUUGCGGGGACUAAUGGGUUUAUUUAUCCCGUAGAGAAUUGUUGCACAUGUUCUUUCAUUCAUUUUGCAGAUUAAUCUUUUUUAAGAUUAUUAAAUUAAAACAGAGAGUAGGGCAUCCAUAAAUUGUGAUAAAUGAUAUUGAAUAGCCGACUUUUGACAUCGUCACACAGAAUUUGUCACAGAAUUUAGACACCCUCAUGACAGAUUGACCCAAAUUUGUGACCCCCUCACGCCCCAAACCUUAAAAAGAGAGGAAUCAUUUUAUGGUAGACCCUGAAAAGUAUGGAUUAAAUAUAACAAAGGCAUAGGCGUGGUCUGAGUAGGGGGUAUUAAAAGACUGCUUGUUUGGAAGCAGGGGAGUGUGGGAUAGAGUGAUGGGAGGAAGUCAAAGUUAAAUGGUGCAAUGAAAUGAUAGAAAGAAGUCUAAGUGUAAAGAGAUAAACUUCAUUUUCAACCAGAUUUAUGGUCUGGACAAAAGCAUCGUGAUUAAAAACAGAAAUGACCAUUAAAACAGGAAAUAGAUUCUGACUAUUAAAUAUAAACGUAAAAAAAAAAGGGGGGGGGGAUCCUACAAUGAAACUCAAAGUGGUUCGUUGAACCAACAUGCAACAUUCACACAGCCUUAGCUAGGGCCACUGCCCACAAAUGUUGAGUAAUUAAAAUGGCUCUGAAUAUUGGAUGAUGUAAAAGACAGAUUUGACUCUCCUUUGAGCCUGCAUUUAUUCAAUUUUUAUACUUGCAAGAGCUGAAUAUUAUAUCAUAGGCCCUACCACAAGGUUGGCAUCAGAACUUUAUCAGGUAAUAGUUAUGUAGGUCCAAGGCUACUCAUCUUCCAAAGGGUGGGUGCGCUUCAGACCUAUUCAGUUGUGGUGAACCAUAAGAAAUGAGUUUUUUUGCUAGGCCAAAGUUUUGGGGAUCCCAAAGUGGAGUCGUUUUUGGAUACUGUUUACAACUUGAUCAAAGAUGAUGCUCUAAAGAAAGGGACCUCCAGGAAUGAACCAGUGAUAGAGUUCAAGCAACCAAAUGAAUUGCAGGUACACAAAAAAGUGUUGCAUUAUCUAUUUUAAUAUUUAUUUGAAUUUAGAGUGGUCAAACAUUUUGAAUUCCUCACCAAACUAUGCAGUUGAGAUCAAUUUAAUGUCAUUUAUAAAAAUAGCCAAAAGUAUCACUUGCUAGCAGCAAAGGACCAAGAUUUCUAAACAAUAAAAAAAAAAAAAUCAAACAAGUUCUUAAAUGAAUUUUAAAAUGUUCAUUACCUCUGCAAUUACUCUUGGUAAAUUCACCUCAGAAGUUUCACUCUUUUUAAAUGACAGAUGUGGUGGUUUAAAAUAUUCUUUUUUUCAGGCUUUGAUUAACUUUGAAAUUAAAUCGACACCAUCAGAUCAUCAAGAGCUGUUGGCAGAAAUAAAAAAGAUUCUAAAGUACAGCAUAAAAUCAGGUACAUUGGGUGAAUUUUUAUUCUUUAAUUAAAAAAGUAUUAUAAAUAUUAGAAGUAAAAUUCACCUAGAAUAAGAAGUUGUUAAAAAAAAAUUUUUAAGCUCAUCUUUACACAUAUCACUCUGCUUUGAGACAUGAGUAAACACAUAAAAGCCCACACGAUCUCAGCUUGAAAUAAUAUGAGAAUAUAAGGAUCAUUAAUUUUUAGAAUAUGCUAUUAAUUAUUGUUUUCUGUCUGAUUUUCCUUUCAACCCAGGUCACCCCCACUUCCACAAUAUGCUGUAUGCUGGUCUAGAUCCUUAUUCACAAGCUGGGUCUUGGGUGACAGAUGCUGUCAACAACAAUAUGUAAGUUAAUCAUCAUAGACAUUUGGGUAAAUAAGGAGUGCUUUAUCCCCCAACAGCAACAUUUUUAACUGCUCUGUUACAUAAUACAUCAAAAUCAAAAUAGAGAUUGAUAUAUUGGGAGUUGGCAAGUAAAUUUUAAAUUUUUUUUUAAACAAUCAUGGUUUAUUCUAUUAUGAUCAUGCAAAAGAAUAAAUAUUUUUUGCCCUGAAAUUUAUAAUAAAAUAUAGAUUCUUUUGUUGUUCAAUGGUUAGUAUUUUAUUUUUCCUUUUUAAUCAUUACACUUUCACAUUUAAACGUGGCCUCGGUGACAUAAAAAAAAAGUUUAAAAUAGCUUAGCUUCAUUAUGUUAAUAUAAUUUUUUUUUGUGGAUUAAAUACAACCCUAUCAUCUUUCAUAACAUUACUUCCCAUUUGUUCGGCAGAUUCUCAUGCCUUUCAAUUGCACAUUGAUUAAUUCUCACUGAUUUAUAGCUUAGACAUCUAUAAACACACAGGAUAGUCAUGGUGUGGCCCAGUUUAUAAUUUGUAAUGACUGUAAAAGUUUAAUUCAGAACACGGCUUCUUCAUGUAUUCUGCUAUUUAUUCUGAUACCUUGCCUUGAUGAAACCUUUUAGCCUGUGUCAUGUGUUGUUCAUCUACAGGUGUUGUGCAUUAAUGCACUUGGGUCUAGAGCAGGAAGUAGGCAGCUUAGUCAGCAAAUAGUUUAUUGCAUUAACAUUUUUUUGUAAGCUCACUGCUCUCAGCUAGCCAACGCCUUUGAACAUGCGGCUAAACAAUAAAUGAAUCACUGAUUCCUUCCCCUCACCCCUCCCCCCCCCCCUUUCAUUGUUUUGCCCUACAGUAACACCCAGGAUGAUUUCAGGGCCCCUUUAUAUUUUAUGUUUACCAUACAAUUUUUAGCUCCAACGCCUUUGAACAUGCGGCUAAACAAUAAAUGAAUCACUGAUUCCUUCCCCUCCCCUCUCCCCCCCCCCCCUUUCAUUGUUUUGCCCUACAGUAACACCCAGGAUGAUUUCAGGGCCCCUUUAUAUUUUAUGUUUACCAUACAAUUUUUAGCUCUUUUUAAAUAAAUUCUUAGAAUUUAAGAAUUUCCCAAAUAGCAUCGAAUAGAAGCAGUUAACUGCUGGUUAUAUCUAGACUUAUUUCUACCUUUAUUGCUAAGCUAGAAUGUUUUAUCCAUCCAAUUAAUUUUUUCCAACAGGAUGCCUUUGCCUAACAUCUCAGGUUUAAGGCUUGUACAACAAGCAUAAAGUAACAUUUUUUCCAACAAUGUUGUUGCUGUUGUUUUUUUGUUUUUGUUUCAAAACCGUGUAACUCCUAAAAUAUAUGGAAUAGUUGUAUUAUUAUUUUUUCUGUGUGAUCAUUCUUAAAUAUUUCUUGAUUCAUUUCAGUCAUACAUAUGAGGUGUGCCCAGUUUUUAUCUUGAUGGAGAAGUACAUAUUCCAGAAGCUUUUAGCAAUGGUAGGCUUUGAUACUGGAGACGGAUUAUUUUGUCCUGGUGGGUAAUUUUAUGACCAUUUUUUUUCAUAGCCCCCCCCCCCCCCUUUUUUUUUUUUUUUUUUUUCUUUUUUUUUUUCUUUUUUUUUUUUUUUUUUUUUUUUUUUUUUUUUUUUUUUUCUUUUGUUUUUUUUUUUUACUUUUUUUUUAUUGUCCCCCCCCCCCCUUUUUUUUUUUUUUUUUUAAAUGCAUGCUGUCAUUCAUUUGUGGACGGAGGAUGAACCAAGUUUCAGUUCAGAGCUUACUCACAAUAAAUAUUUGACAGUACCUUCUAAGACUGGCUCCUCAAGUUUCAAUUUAGAGCUUACUCACAAUAAAUAUUUAACAGCAUCUUCUAGCCUGGCUCCUGCAAGGUUGAGAGAAGGUAAAUAAAUGAUUAAGAGUUUUGUUUCAUGUUGUGUUUCUGCAUUCUCAACUUCUGAUAUAAUCAAUCUGACUUCUAGAAGGUACUGAAAGGUCAUAUGGAUCACAACUGGCAUGCCCCUUCACCAGGUGGCAGCACUUGACACAUUUUUUUGUGUUUUGGUUUUCUUAUUCAUCUGGCAUGUUGAUACAUUGUCUGCAAAUAAAAAUGUGUCUUGAAUUCCUUAGCUAAUUCUCUGGGGAGGGUGGGGGAGAGAAAGAGGGGGUGAUUUCCAUUUUUAUAAUGUUGUUGAUUCAACUGUUAUAGGGUCUUUAGUGUGGUGGGCUGAUGAUUCACAGACUUUCUUAGAACAGGUUCUUUAUUUAAAAAUCAACAUCACUUCCCCAUGGCCUUUAAGCCCCCCCCCCCCCGUAAUGGCAGAUUUUUGCAAGCCAACUCUUUCUUAGUUUUAUAAAUGUUUUAUUUUCAGGUGGCUCUGCAUCCAACUGUUUGGCCUUGCAUCUUGCCAGGUUUAAAAGAUGUCCACAGAUAAAGAAAGAAGGCCAGUAUAACCUACCUAGACUUCGAUGUUACAUUUCUGAAGAUGUAAAACAUUCUUUUCAUUCUUCUUACACUUAAAAUGAGCAACACGAUGCUACUUUUACUCAAUCAAUCCCACAUCAUGUUUGUUACAUAUUUUAUACUCAUAACAAUUUGUGGGCUAUUAAACAUCAAUAACUGAGUUAACAUCAACAUUUCUAUGCAGUAAUUUAUUUUUCAAUUUUCAAUUUGACCAGGGGCAUUACUCACUAAAGAAAGCUGGGAGCUAUCUUGGAUUUGGAGAAAACAACAUUGUGCCCGUUAAAACAGAUGACAUUGGCAGAAUGUGUGCACAGGAAUUGGAAAAAGUUAUUUUGGAGGAUUUGGAAAAGGUGAUUCUUUUAUAACCUGUUAGUGGUAGUUAUAUGUGUCCUUUCAGUACAAGUCAUAUGUAUUAUACAUUAAUCAUGAAAUGACUCACUUAAAAACUGGUAGAAAAACACAGAUGUCUACUUUAAAAAAAAACAACAACAUAUUUUAUUUCAUUUUUUGAAGAGCUUUGUUCCCUUGUUUGUAAUGGCCACCAGUGGUUCUACUGUUCUGGGAUCAUUUGACCCAUUGCCUGAGCUGCGUGAAGUAUGCAAGAGGUAUAAAGUUUGGUUGCACUGUGAUGUAAGUGGCUCCUUUUAUUAAUUUUUUUUAAAUUUAUGUUUUUCAUAAUUGAUUGCUUAUUUUUUAAUGUAUGAAACUAUUAUUUAUGAAUUUGAUUUUCCAGUGAAAGGUUAAUUAUUUAGCAUAAUUGACAAUAUUAUAUUAUGAAAUUUUCUUGUGGGCCAGAUUGUUAUAUUUUCUUAUAUUUGCAAAAUAUAACAAUCUGGCCCACAAGAUAAAUUAUGAGAUAUUACUAGUUAAAAAUAUUAUAUUUCCAAGGAAAUUAAUAAAUUUGUGUAAUGUACAUUUGGUUUUGUCUAAAGGCGUGCUUAGGUGCAGGAACUCUUCUUUCCAAGAAAUACAAGUACUUACUAAAUGGAGUAGAGAAGUUAGAAUUUUUUUUUUGUAUAGUCUCAGUUUUACAUAUGUCUUCUGUUUGAGAAGCAUGUAGAAAAUUGACUACGAAAAGUUUACUUUUUAAAAAUAUUUUGUAAAAAUUUUACAUCUUUAGAUAAAUUUAUUGUAUAAUAUUUUUUUUUCUCCAUUUUCCGCUGCAACAGUUGCAACUCUUUGUCUUGGAACUUCCAUAAAAUGAGUGGAGUCCCCAUGCAAUGUUCUGUCCUUUUGAUAAAUGACAAGGUCAGAUUAAAAUUUUUUUUAUUGGUUUAAAAAACCCCCCAAAAAACAGAAAAGCUUUUUAAUAUUUUUGGAAAACAAAUAUCUUUAUAUAAUCCAUGAUCUGUCUGUCCUAUUGACUGUGUAUAAUCCAUGAUCGGUCUGUCCUAUAUGACUAUAUAAUCCAUGAUCUGCCUGUCCUAUCUGAUACAGCAUUCAUUAAAGCUGCAUGCCAAAUGUGUACAAAUAUAAGUGCGCGCUUCUAUAAAUUACAAUGAGGAUGAGAAGGCUUGGGGUGAAGGGGAAGAGAGGAUGAAUUUAAAUAUCACAUGAUUUCUACACUUACUAUUCUCUUAAAUAAGAACUUUUUGUUGUUGUUGACCUGAUUCUCAUUUUGAGAAUUUAUAAUGGUUUUAUUUGUGUCUCAAAAAAUAGUUUAAAAAGUCAGACCUUAAAGAGUUUUAAAGUUGAUAGAAUUCUAAAUUGUUCCAGGAAUUGAUGCAAGAGGCAAACAGCUGUAGUGCAGAUUACCUGUUUCAGCCUGACAAACACUAUGAUACAACAUUUGAUACAGGUGCAUUUAGCUUAUGUUUAGUGCCACAGGCAGUGGUCGUUUGCUUAUAAGUACCCAGACUAACCUGGCCAUGCCCCGUGGGCCUUUAUCUCAGUAAGUUGAUAAGUACGUCUGCAAUGCAUGUGAAUGUACCCAGACUAACCUGGCCAUGCCCGUGGGCAUUUAUCUCAGUAAGUUGAUAAGUACGUCUGCAAUGCAUGUGAAUGUACCCAGACUAACCUGGCCAUGCCCGUGGGCCUUUAUCUCAGUAAGUUGAUAAGUACGUCUGCAAUGCAUGUGAAUGUACCCAGACUAACCUGGCCAUGCCCCGUGGGCCUUUAUCUCAGUAAGUUGAUAAGUACGUCUGCAAUGCAUGUGAAUGUUUUUAAUGAUUAAUGACAGCUUACAUUCUUUUUAUUACUUGGGAAAAGGGGAUAAGACAGUGCAGUGUGGCCGAAAAGUAGAUGUUAUGAAGCUGUGGACCAUGUGGAAAGCUCUUGGUGAUGACGGAAUGGAAGCAAGGAUAGACAAGGCUUUUGAUAAUUCCAGGUGACAAGGUUUUUUGAUAAUUUCAUGGGACAAGGCUUUUGAUAAUUCCAGGUGACAAAUCUUUUGAUAAUUAAUUCCAGGCAACAAGGCUUGUGAUAACUAAUUUCAGGUACAAAGGCUUUUGAUAAUUCCAGGUGGACAUUAAUUAGUUGUUUUCUUUCCCUUUCAUUUGGAGAGUAAUAGCUUAGUAUUUUCGUCUCAUUUCACAAGGAUCUAUCUAUUGGUUAUAAAUUGUUGACAUUAAGCUUAAGGUUGACAUUGAGAAUUAUCUAGCCUGAUUUUCUUCCCAAGUCCCAUCAAAAUUUUUUGCAUCAUAGUAAAAUAUAUUUAAAAAAAAUUUCAUUCUCUAGAUAUCUGUUGAAAAAAUUGAAUGUCACUCCAGGAUUUCGGCUCGUCUUACCUGAAGUAAGUCAUUUAAUUACAUUGAAUGCAUCUCUCUCAUUUUCAAGUAAAAAAUUGUUUCCCAUCUAAAACAUAAGGCUGAUGAUAUUAAACAUAUUUUUUUCCCUCCAGUUUCAGUGUACAAAUAUUUGCUUCUGGUACAUUCCAGCAUCACUGCGUGGCUUGACAGAAUCUCCAGAUUGGUGGAAAGAAUUACAUAAGGUUGGUGGGAAGAAUUUGUGUUGGCCACUAUAAGUUCAGUGGAGAAACGUUGGAAGGACACACUUUUCUUGAUUUUUAGUUUCAGGACUAUCUGAUUACUUUUGAGGAGUCAAAAUUUUAGUUUAGUUAAAAUAAUUAUUUUAAAAAAACUGACACCUUGUUGAUUGCAUCCCACAGGUGGCCCCGAAGCUGAAAGCCAGAAUGGUCAGUGCGGGGACAAUGAUGAUUGGUUAUCAGCCCUUAAGCAGUAAAGGUCUGGUCAACUUUUUCCGUGUUGUUGUUCACAACCCAGCAUGUGACCACUCUGACAUGGACUUUGUCAUCUCCGAGAUGGAAAGGCUGGGCCGGGAUUUAUAAGAGAACUAUAUCUAACUCGGAAGAUUUAUUUUGUAAAGUAUGACUUUGAUGGUACAGCAACUGAGAAUUUUUUCUACGUGAAGCAGAGACAGCUAUUAUUGUGUGUGUGGUGAGGUGAAGUUGGUUCAGCUCAAAAGGUGUCAGUGGCACAGGUAAAAAGCAAACAACAAGCCCUUCUAAAACAUAUAUGUGAAGACAUUUUUUAGAUGUUAAC